GGGGUCCCGCGGGUGCCCGGUCCGGGGCUGAGGGCCUGAGGGUAGGAAGCACCCCAUCGGAGAGGCGGGGUAGGGACCACCCCCUCCCCGGUGCCGAGCCCGCGCGAUCGGCCGCCCGGCUCUGCGCCCUGCGCUGCCCGGAUGACAGUUUCUUAAAUGGAGCAAACAUCUGUCAGACCCGGUUUCCACUAAUGAUUCGCAGAGCCCAUUUCUGAAGCGGGUUAACCGUCCCCACCGGCCACACACGGGGUAGCUGCUGGUCCUCAGGAUGUUGGACUUCCUAGCUGAGAACAACCUCUGCGGCCAGGCCAUCCUCAGGAUCGUUUCCUGUGGCAAUGCCAUCAUUGCUGAGCUUUUGCGGCUCUCUGAGUUUAUUCCUACCGUAUUCAGGCUAAAAGACAGAGCUGAUCAACAGAAAUAUGGAGAUAUCAUAUUUGAUUUCAGCUACUUUAAGGGUCCAGAAUUAUGGGAAAGCAAACUGGAAGCUAAGCCAGAGCUACAGGAUUUAGAUGAAGAAUUUCGUGAAAACAACAUAGAAAUUGUGACCAGAUUUUAUUUAGCAUUUCAGAGUGUGCAUAAAUACAUUGUAGACUUAAACAGAUACCUGGAAGAUCUCAAUGAAGGUGUUUACAUUCAGCAAACCAUAGAAACUGUGCUGCUCAAUGAAGAUGGGAAACAACUUUUAUGUGAAGCGCUGUAUCUGUACGGAGUCAUGCUGCUGGUCAUUGACCAAAAGAUUGAAGGGGAAGUCAGAGAGAGAAUGCUGGUUUCUUACUAUCGAUACAGUGCCGCUCGAUCUUCUGCUGAUUCAAACAUGGAUGAUAUUUGUAAGCUGCUCCGAAGUACAGGUUAUUCCAGCCAACCAGGAGCCAAAAGACCACCCAACUAUCCUGAGAGCUAUUUCCAGAGAGUGCCUAUCAAUGCAUCCUUCAUCAGUAUGGUCAUUGGUCGACUAAGAUCUGACGAUAUUUACAACCAGGUCUCAGCGUACCCGUUGCCGGAGCACCGCAGCACGGCCCUGGCAACUCAGGCCGCCAUGCUGUACGUCAUCCUCUACUUUGACCCUUCCAUUCUCCAUACCCAUCAAGCAAAAAUGCGAGAGAUAGUGGAUAAAUACUUUCCAGAUAAUUGGGUAAUUAGCAUUUACAUGGGGAUCACAGUUAAUCUAGCAGAUGCUUGGGAACCUUACAAAGCUGCAAAAACUGCUUUAAACAAUACCCUGGACCUUGCAAAUGUCAGAGAACAAGCAAGCAGAUAUGCUACUGUUAGUGAAAGAGUGCACGGUCAAGUGCAUCAGUUUCUGAAAGAAGGUUACUUAAGGGAGGAGAUGGUCCUGGACAACAUUCCAAGGCUCCUGAACUGCCUGCGAGACUGCAACGUGGCCAUCCGAUGGCUCAUGCUCCACACGGCAGACUCAGCCUGUGACCCAAACAACAAACGCCUUCGCCAGAUCAAGGACCAGAUCCUAACAGACUCGAGGUACAAUCCCAAGAUCCUCUUCCAGUUUCUGUUGGAUACUGCACAAUUUGAGUUCAUACUCAAAGAGAUGUUCAAGCAAAUGCUUUCCGAAAAGCAAGCCAAGUGGGAGCAUUACAAGAAGGAGGGCUCAGAGCGGAUGACGGAGCUUGCUGACGUCUUCUCGGGCGUGAAGCCCCUAACCAGAGUGGAAAAAAAUGAAAAUCUUCAAGCUUGGUUCAGAGAGAUCUCCAAACAAAUACAGUCUUUAAAUUAUGAUGACUCUACUGCUGCAGGCAGAAAAACUGUGCAACUGAUACAAGCUUUGGAGGAGGUUCAGGAAUUUCACCAGUUGGAAUCAAACCUGCAGGUGUGUCAGUUUCUGGCCGACACUCGCAAGUUCCUGCACCAAAUGAUCCGAACCAUCAACAUUAAGGAGGAGGUGCUGAUCACCAUGCACAUCGUGGGGGACCUUUCUUUCGCUUGGCAGUUGAUUGACAGCUUCACGUCUAUCAUGCAAGAGAGCAUAAGGGUGAACCCGUCCAUGGUUACCAAGCUCAGAGCUACAUUCCUAAAGCUCGCCUCUGCCCUGGACCUGCCCCUUCUUCGCAUUAAUCAGGCAAAUAGCCCCGACCUUCUCAGUGUAUCUCAGUAUUAUUCAGGCGAACUGGUGUCCUAUGUGAGAAAGGUUUUGCAGAUCAUUCCAGAAAGCAUGUUUACUUCGCUUCUAAAGAUCAUAAAGCUUCAGACCCAUGAUAUCAUCGAAGUGCCCACCCGCCUGGACAAGGACAAGCUGAGGGACUACGCUCAGCUGGGCCCACGAUACGAGGUUGCCAAGCUGACUCACGCGAUUUCCAUUUUUACUGAAGGCAUCUUAAUGAUGAAAACGACUUUGGUCGGCAUCAUCAAGGUGGAUCCCAAACAGUUGCUGGAAGACGGGAUAAGGAAAGAGCUCGUUAAACGUGUUGCUUUUGCUCUUCAUCGGGGAUUGAUCUUCAACCCUCGAGCCAAGACAAGUGAGUUGAUGCCCAAGCUGAAAGAGUUGGGAGCGACCAUGGACGGAUUUCACCGUUCUUUUGAAUACAUACAGGACUAUGUCAACAUUUAUGCUCUGAAGAUUUGGCAGGAAGAAGUAUCUCGUAUUAUAAAUUACAAUGUCGAGCAGGAGUGUAAUAACUUCUUAAGAACAAAGAUUCAAGACUGGCAAAGCAUGUACCAGUCCACUCAUAUUCCAAUACCAAAAUUUACCCCUGUGGAUGAGUCUGUGACGUUCAUCGGUCGGCUCUGCAGAGAAAUCUUACGGAUCACAGACCCAAAACUGACAUGUCACAUCGACCAGCUGAACACCUGGUAUGAUAUGAAAACGCACCAAGAAGUGACCAGCAGCCGCCUCUUCUCAGAAAUCCAGACCACGCUAGGCACCUUCGGGCUGAACGGGCUGGACAGGCUGCUGUGUUUUAUGAUCGUGAAGGAGCUCCAGAAUUUCCUCAGUAUGUUUCAGAAAGUCAUCAUGAGAGACAAAACUGUUCAGGAUACUUUGAAAACCCUCAUGAACGCUGUCAGCCCCGUCAAAAGCAUUGUGGCAAAUUCGAAUAAAAUUUAUUUUUCCGCCAUUGCCAAAACACAGAAGAUUUGGACAGCUUACCUGGAGGCAAUAAUGAAGGUUGGGCAGAUGCAGAUUCUGAGACAACAAAUUGCCAACGAAUUAAAUUACUCCUGUCGAUUUGACUCCAAACAUCUGGCAGCCGCCCUGGAAAAUCUCAAUAAGGCUCUCCUAGCAGACAUCGAAGCCCACUACCAGGACCCCUCCCUGCCUUACCCCAAAGAAGAUAACACCCUCUUGUAUGAAAUCACAGCCUACCUGGAGGCCGCUGGCAUUCACAACCCUCUGAACAAGAUAUACAUAACAACCAAGCGCCUACCCUAUUUCCCCGUUGUCAACUUUCUAUUUCUGAUCGCUCAAUUGCCAAAACUUCAGUACAACAAAAACCUAGGAAUGGUCUGCCGAAAACCUGCCGACCCCGUGGACUGGCCGCCGCUGGUCCUGGGGCUGCUCACCCUGCUGAAGCAGUUCCACUCGCGGUACACGGAGCAGUUCCUGGCGCUGAUCGGCCAGUUCAUCCGCUCCACAGUGGAGCAGUGUACCAGCCAGAAGGUCCCUGAAAUGCCCGCCGAUGUUGUGGGUGCCCUCCUGUUCCUGGAGGAUUAUGUUCGGUACACAAAACUACCCAGGAGGGUUGCUGAAGCACACGUGCCUAAUUUCAUUUUUGAUGAGUUCAGAACGGUCCUGUAACUUUUCUUCUUCUACUUCUUCGAUGAAAGGAUCUUCUACUUCUUCGAUGAAAGGAUUAUCCCUAAAUCUUCCCACCAUCACUAAAAUGAAUUAAGAGGAUGAAACUCAACUACCCAUAUAAACUGCAUGUUUUCCCCUUAUCGUGGGAAACAUCAGACAUUCUGAGUAAGAUGUAUCUCAUGGAAAAAAUAGACUUGUUUAAAUCAUGGUAUUAUAUGCAAUUUAUAUCAUGUAGAAGCAGAACACACUUUUGUACUGCCUCUUACAAAUGCUGAAUGUACGUAUAAAUUCAUUUAGUUUUAUGUUCUAAAGAACUAUUUGUGCAACUCCAGAUUUUCAGUAAAAUAGUAUUGCCAGUACCCAGUGCCCCUGUUUAUUCGAAAAUUAUGUCUUCAGUGUGCAAACACCUUGUCUAGAAGGUCAGAUGAAUCGACACACCCAGGACAGGCUGGCGGCUCCUGGUGAUAGUCAAACUACCAGCAAAUGCGAUGUCCACACAAUCUGUGGACUGCAGACCAAGCAAGUUUCUUAGUGUCCGUGGCUCACAGUCCCUCUUCUACUCCGACACCCUCAGGGCUGGCUUCCAGCAUCUCUUCUAAGAAAAUGAGUUUUUGAACAGAACAGAACUUUGGGAACAGUAAGCCAGAUACUGCUAAAUCAAGGCAAAGUGAUGGAUGCAAAUGAGUCCACUAGUGAAGUUGACCAGAGAAAAAGUUUUCCAACUGAAAGAACUUAAAAGUUAAAAAAGAUAAAACCUUAUUAAUAAAAGCUUGCAUGAGAUUUUAGCCCUACUAAAGUCAUUACUUAAUAGUCCAGGUUAUAUUUUACUGCUCUGAUUUCAGGGGAGCAUUUACUUUAGUGAUAUUGGAAUUAACUCACAGAAGUCUAUUAUCUUUUCAAAUAUACCAUAAACUUGGGAAAAUAUAAUUGAUUUUAAGGCAUUAUACCAGGCAUUACAAGUGCUGUUGGUUCAUUCACUGUUUCUUCAAACAGUCCUAGCCUGCCUUAUUAAUGCUCUACAGUGAACCUACAAAGAAAGCCCUUGAUUACUUUCCUGUAUGAAUGUAUAAAUGUGAUUAACUCAGAAAAGAACCUUAUUAUACUCCCUCUCUGGAUAGAUGAGGAAAAUCAGGUUGAGAUUUAAGGCAAUUUCCCCCAGCAUCAGCGUCAGAACAGGUUUUUCUGCAUUUUGCAUGCCACUGUGAUCUUCUUUCCCAUCACACUCUAGCUACGUAAAGAAGUCCACAACAAGAAACAAAAAUGACCCAAGGGUUCAUUCUUCAUUUUAUUUGUAUGUCCCACGAUAACUCAUUCCAAAUACUGAAUUCAAAAGAAAAACUUUUCUCAGUCUUAGCACUAAUUUAUGGUAACAAUCAUUUCUUUUGAACUAUCUUAUUUGACCCUUCAUUUUAAAUUGCAAAUUAAAGUAUAUAUUUACAUGUUUAUAUACAAAUAAGUUCAAAAACAAAUAAUUCCAGUCUUGGUCCCAAGAGUUUCCAAGAAGUGGUAUAGUACUAUGCUGCAUAAAUCCUCUUCUGAAAGUCACUUAGGACUUGGUGAGUUCCAAAUAUUCAUUCACAAAUGGUCCCUCUUUUAAGUUUAAAGAACCAAGUACUUCAUUUCUGAGUAAAUCAGAGGAAAUAUCACAGAACACGCUUUGUAAAGUACAGCACCACUACUGAAAAUGGCUCGGGGUUUUGUAAUCCACGGUUCUGAUUUAAAGCAAAAAUACGUGGCAUAGAUGGCGACAGCAAAGAAGUGUCCAAUUAAACUUAGAGGAUUAGGAGAGAGCCUGUAAUAGGAGAAAAACAAAACAUAAAUAUUGGUAAGACACAAAUCAAAUUUACUAGAAGAGAUUUCAAUUAUGUAUAUGAAAGCUAAACAUUCUACAUAUAGAGGCCUUUAUAAGCUUGUGCCUGCCUGCUACAUUUGAUGGCAGGGAUGAACUUUUAAAACAUUUUUACAAGAAACUACUUGGAAUAUACCUGUCAGAGAAUUCAGUAACUGCUCUUAGUCUAGUUUUCACGAGUUGUAUGUUUUGAGUUGUUUUCUUUCAGUAAUCUUGAGUCUGGCUGAUGGGAGUCUAACAUUCAGAUUAUAGAUGUGUAAGAAAAGACAACAUCUACACUGUCCAAAUUAUCACUGAGUUUCUUGAGUCCCUACACUUAAGUGGAAUUAAUUUUUAAAUACAAAGUUUUCAGUCAUCCAUGGCUCCCAUCCAUAGAUCAAUGUUGAUUAGCCCACAGGUUAAAACAAGCCUCUAUUUUAAUCAAGGUUUUUAGCCUCAUCUAUCAACAACUUCUAAUCAAUGCUGUUUCCCCAUAGUAAAGCAGAGGCAUAAAUGUUGUCUUUUCUCAUUUCUCUGGGAAUCCUGAUUUGCAUACUAAUGGAUAAUGAAAUG